UCUCACGUUCUAUACUCCAGGUUCACCAUGACCACCAAAUUCUUCGACUACGUGAUUGUUGGGGCCGGCACUUCCGGUCUUGUCCUCGCAAGCCGCCUUUCUGAGGACCCCAGCAUUACCGUAGCCGUCAUAGAAGCAGGAGUUAACGCGGAAAAUGAUCCAAGAGUCGCAAUGCUAGGUCUCUUCACCUCUGCCGUUGGCUCACAAUUGGACUGGGAUUUCGAAGGAACGCCGCAGUCUGCGCUGAAUGGGCGUCGUAUCAGCCAAGCCCAAGGCAAGCUACUUGGUGGAUCAGGCUCAAUCAACGCACAAGCUUUAAUUUCGUUCUCAAAGUUUGAUAUCGAUUCUUGGGAAGAGCUCGGCAAUAUUGGAUGGAACUGGGACUCAUUAUCUCCAUACCUCAAAAAAGCGUUCACUAUCGAUCUACCCGAUGAGCAGACCGUCGAGCAUCUUGGUAUUGAAUGGGCAGAGCAGCUUGCCGAUACAUAUCAUGGGCCAGUCAAUGCAUCAUUUGUUGACGUGAAAGAGAACCCCGUGGGAGAGGCGUGGUUAGAUGCAUUUGAACAUCUUGGAUUUUCGUUGUCAGGAAAUCCUUUCGGAGGGAGAUCAACGGGAGCAUACAAUGGCGCAUCCACCAUCAAUGCGGCUACCAAAAGCAGAUCAUCCGCAAAUAGCGCGUACUACAAUCAUCUUCCUGAGAGGGACAACCGCACCCCCCAUCCUGCAGUCAAAGGAAUCAACGUACUUCGCAGCGGUACAAGCUCCACUCUUCACGCAAGGAAAGAGGUCAUACUCUCCUCUGGUGUUGUCAACACACCCAAGCUCCUGGAGCUCAGUGGCAUUGGGGACGCUGAACUCCUCGAAAAGCUUGGCAUCGACGUGCUCGUGGAUAACCCGAAUGUGGGACGCAACUUGCAGGACCACAUAUUAUGCUCCAUAAACUUCGAAGCUCAGGACGGCAUCCCGACCGGCGACGAUCUCACCCGUGGGGACCCAGCAGCGCUCCAGUCCGCGAUGGAAAUGUAUCAGAAGUACCAAGCAGGGCCGUUCGCUACUCCAGGAAUCACCUCCUUCGGGUAUUUGCCGCCUGUUGAGUUCAAAAAAGAGCCUCAAGCAUUCGCGGCAGCCUUGGAGACUCUCAAUGAGAGCGUGGCUGGGGAGUCAACGAUGGAUGCGGCACGUCGGACUCACGUCCGAAGCAUCAACAAAACCGAGACAGAAGGCACUAGUCAAUACUUCCUCUUCAUGGCACAGGAUGGGCCCGCUGGUAAGGACACGGUGGGUUCAUUCAGCAUAGAGCCACAACCAGGGAACUACAUCUCCCUUGUGUCAGCGUUGUCGCACCCCUUGUCUGCGGGUACGACGCACAUCGCAUCUGCAGACGUGAACGAAAAGCCCAUAAUCGACCAUCGGUACCUUCAGCAUCCGCUAGAUUUGGAGUUUCACGCACGCCACGUGCAAUACUUGGAGACUGUCGCCGCGACAGAGCCGUUCGCCUCACUGUUGAAGUCGAACGGGCGGAGAAACGACCCGCAAGCAUUUGUGGGAGGAGACUUGGAGAAGACUAAGACUUAUGUGCGGAACAUGUCAACCACUAACUGGCAUUCAUGCGGGACUUGUGCGAUGGCUCCACGCGAUAAGGGAGGUGUUGUUGAUGCGGAACUCCGCGUAUUUGGAGGUGAUGGACUGAGAAUCGUCGAUGCGAGCGUGUUUCCUUUCAUCCCGCAAAGCAACCUCCAGAGCUUGGUCUAUGCUGUAGCUGAGAGGGCAGGUGACAUAAUCAAAGCGGACAACUAAGCAACGAGAAGUGACUUAUAGAACGAUACUGUCAAAUUGAU